AUGCCAGCUAUAGUAAUUUGGUUUCUCUGGAAAGUGCGUAACCGAGCACGACAUGAGGGUGUGCCGUUUCAGUCACGACAGGUCAUUCUGGACAUUGAAAGCUUUGUGGUGCAGCUCGGUCAAGCUGGAGUCCUCAUGCCUAAACAUUUCAUUAGGGACCUAGAGCAUCCGUGGGCUCCAACCAAAGGGAUACGUUCCAAGCGGUUCAAGGUUUGUGCUGUGGCCUGGUCGAGACCUCCACUCAACAUGCUGAAGCUCAACACGGAUGCUAGUGUCUUUGGUGCAAGAGCAUCAGGUGGAGGGCUAGUUCGUGACCACACAGGGCACCUGAUUUUUGCCUUUUAUAAGGAGUUUGGGGAGGUGGAUACUUUGACUGCAGAAGGCCUCUCCUUAUGGCAUGCUCUCUUGUAUUGCAAGGAAAGGAAUCUUACCGGCCUUCUCGCCGAGGUCGAUUCGGAAGUCUUAGUUCAUUUUUUGCUCUUUAGUGACACAUCCAAAUGGCCUUUGUGCUAUACCUUGCAUAGAAUACAGAGUUUGUUAGUUGAAUUGUCAUCCACGGUGCGCCAUAUUUUUAGGGAGGCGAAUAGUUGCGCAGACAAACUAGCAGGGGGAAAGCAUCCAACAGACACUGUCUUCUCCUCGGUCCAUCAACUUCCACCGACUGUUCGGGCAACCUUGCAACUGGAUCGUUGGGAGGUCCCUUUUACCCGAUCCUGGGUCGUCAAGUAG